AUGUCUUCUAGUGCAAAGGCGCACCAUGGUGACAUCAGGUUAACCAUUACUGAAUUCUCGUGGCUCAUGUUGGCUACAGAGACUACAUUACACUUCAUAAGCCGGUUAAUCAAACGAGAAUUUCAUGGGAUAUCCGUAAAGAAAAAGAAUGACAGGGAGACUGAUAAUCGUAUAAAUAGCAACCGGGCGAGAUUGAAAUGA